AUGGAAACCAGAAACCAAACCAGAGUUUCCGAAUUCUUUCUCCUGGGACUGACAGAGGAUCGGGAACUGCAGCCCGUCCUCUUCGGCCUGUUCCUAUCCGUGUACCUGGUCACGGUGCUCGGGAACCUGCUCAUCGUCCUGGCUGUCGGCUCUGACGCCCGCCUCCACACCCCCAUGUACUUCUUCCUCUCCAAUUUGUCCUCCACCGACCUCUGCUUAAGCACAGCCACCAUCCCAAAGAUGCUUGUGAACAUCCAGACAGAAAGCAGAUCAAUUAGCUACGCAGGCUGCCUCACUCAGAUCUGCCUUGUCCUGGUUUUUGCCGUCUUGGAAAACUUUCUACUCGGAGCAAUGGCGUAUGACCGUUACGUGGCCAUUUGUCACCCCCUUAAGUACACGGACAUCAUGAACCCACGCCUCUGUGGUCUGCUGGUGCUGAUAUCUCUGUUCAUUAGCAUCGUGGAUGCACUGGUCCAUGGUCUGAUGGUCUUGCGGCUCUCUUUCUGUGCAGACCUGGAAAUCCACCACUUCUUCUGUGAACUCGCUCAGGUACUCAAACUCACCUGCUCUGACACCCUCCUCAAUAACAUCCUGCUGUAUUUGCUGGCUGGCCUAUUUGUUGGUGUUCCUGUCUCUGGGAUUCUUUUCUCUUAUACUCAAAUUAUCUCCUCUGUUUUGAGAAUUCCAUCAGCCGGGGGAAAGUAUAAAGCUUUUUCCACCUGUGGGUCCCACCUCUCAGUUGUUUCCUUAUUCUACGGCACAGGUUUUGGGGUGUACAUUAGUUCCGCAGUUACUGAAUCUCCCAGGAAGGUUGCAGUGGCUUCGAUAAUGUACACUGUGGUUCCUCCAGUGCUGAACCCCUUUAUCUACAGCCUGAGGAACAAGGACAUGAAGGAUGCCUUGAGAAAGCUCAUCGCUAAGAUAACUUCUCUUCUGUGA